AGUGUAGUUUAUGUACGCACACAAGUAAAAAGUGUAGUUUAAGUGCGCUCAGUGCUGCACUGCGUGUGUGGAAAAGUGCGGGAAAUUAUUGCAACGAGACUGUUAAAUAGCGUUUAAGAAAAAACUAAACGUAAACCAGCCAACUCGUAAUAAUAAAGUGCGUUGCAAAAUGCUAUCAUUUGUAAAGACUUGAAGAAUUAAGCAACAAAAUAUUGGUGGCAUGUUUUGUGAAUUUCAUAAAUCUCUCGUUUCGUUUUGGUUUUUUUCUUCUCUACCACAAAAAAGGGCGCGCGAGUGAGACAACAGUAUUGGCGGUGCCGAACAGCAACAAGACAGCUAUCCCGCCUACUCUCAUUCAACUCACACGUCGCAGACUCAAAGUCUGCUCGCUCUCAAAUGUUUGACAUUUUUCACAUUCAGCAUUUUCCCUUUGUUCGUCGGCGGGUCUCGUUGUCAUAUGGCUCGUAUAGACGCUCGUGCGUGCGUAACAAAUAAAAUUGAAAAAAGAAGAAACGAAACGCAACGCAAAAAAUCGGUGUUUCAAAUUUACCAAAAUAGCGCACAAGUGUAAAUAAACAAAAUUUUAAAUGCGCAUGCAGUGUACAAGUGUAUUCAAUUCAUUGAGAAAUAUGCGUAAAAAGCGUUAUUUCGUGAUUACUACGGCGACGACGACGACAUCAAAACCAACAGCAACAACAACAACUAAGUGCUGCUGCGUUCAUUGACGUGACGCGCGAGUGUGAGUGUGUAUUUGUGUAUGUGUGUGUGUGUUUAUGUGUGCUGGUGAGUGUGUGAGUGUGCUGCGAGUUGUUUUCAAAUAAAUAUUAUACAAAAUACAAAAAUCAAAAGCCCGCAGCAACAGCAACAACAAACAAAACACCACAUACAAUCAAAAUUGCAGUGACAUCAAAACUGCAAACAAAACAUACAUACUACAUACAUCAAAUCAAAUCAAAAGCAAAACAACGAAAUAUUUACAUCAAGCUCAGUUCAGUCCCGCGUGUCUCUCUUCGUUGCGCGCAAAAUUCGGUGUGGGGAAGAAAAGAAAGUGUGGUCAACAGUCAUCGCAAUCUCUGCACUCAAAAUGUCUAUUUAUCUAAGUGUGCGUGUGUGUGUGUUCUCAGUGUAUUGAAGCGGGAAGAAGGAGGAAAGGAGUAAAAAGGAAGUUAAAAGCAAUAUCCAAGCAACAACAACAUAAAUACGAAUCAUAAUACAAAUAUUAAACAGAAGAAGAAGGAACAACAACAACACAAAUGAUGCCAUCACAUUUUGUUCAAUUUUAAACCACAAAUAAUCUGUAUCCCCCGAGCAUUAAACAAGGCGCAUAAAUUUUUGCCAAUGAGUCGCAGACAGUCAUUGGAUCGACCAGGAAUAUUGUCUCCUCCGGGUCCGUUUCUGACGCCCAGUCCAUCACCAUCGAUCUCAGCUAGUCCACGCCUGCAACCAUCACCAUCGCUAUCGCCAUUCCCACAGGAUGUGGUGCUUGUAGCCGGUGGCAACGCAUUAAACGCCAACAGCAAUCCCCAGGAACACGAGCGCAAGGCGGCGACGCCUGGCAGGCGACAAUCCAUACAUCAGUUCACAAAUGGCAGUCCCAAUGCCGGCACCGUUGUCUUUCAACCGAGUCCAUCACAGUCACCGGCCGCUGCCACGACGGUCAUUGGCGUGACAGCUGGCGGACUCAUAGCCGCUGCUGCUGCCGCCGCUUCAUCAGCCGGUGGACACAGCAAUGCAAUUGGCAAUGAGCUAAACGCAACCCUUGUCGGCUCCAACAAUAUACAACUGAAUAAGAAGGGCAAUAAGCGAACGGGUCAGCAGCAGCAACAGCUACAGCAGCAACAACUACAGCAGCAGCAGCAACAGCAACUGCAGCAACAACAGCAGCAGCAGCAAUUGCAGCAGCAAAUCUUUAGCACCAACGCAGCGGCGCCCACAUCGAUCUGCUCGACAGUAGCCGGCGGCUAUGGGCAACCAAACGCAACGGCAAUCAGCACGCCCAUUUCGUUUGCGACAGCAAAUGUGGCUAGUAGCCCAAAAGGUCAAGCGAAAAAGGGCGCCACAACGGUGCUCAGUCAACAACAGCAGCAGCAGCAGCAGUCACAGUUCCAGCAUUAUCAGAGCAGCAGUCCGCUGAUAGCGGACAGUCCCAUACCAAGUCCGAGCAACGCGAUUGCGGCAGCGGCCAUAAAGCCGCCAACGCCCCAACCACAGCCUCAGACCGUACAAAUGUUGCCGCAGCAGUUCACAAUAACCAGCGGGCCGCAGCAGCAGCAGGCACCGCAGCAAGUGUUUCAGUUCAUUCAGGGACCGCAGGGUCAGAUCAUUGCCACCACACAGCAGCCAACAACGCUUCAGCAGCAGCAACAACAGCAACACCUGCAACAGCAGCAGCAGCAACAACAUCAACAGCAGCAGCAGCAACAAACGCACCAGCAACGUUUUAGCAGCAAUGCAGGCAUUGCGUUGUCCACUGCCAACACGAAGGCGAGCAAAGCGCCCCAACAGAUUCUGCCCAAGCCGCAGCAGGAGCUGUCCACAACCCAAACGCUGCAGCAGCAAACGAAGGGCAAAAACAACAAUGCACAACUGCCGCAGAUCUCGCAAUCCCCCCAGCCGCAACAGGCACAGCUUACCGCCGCACCCACCAAUGCCAACAACCAGCAACAGCAGCCGCAGCAGCAGCAACAACAAAUACUGUUGCCGGCGACAACAGCACAGCCACAGCAAUUGCUGUUGAAUCAGAUGCCAGUGCUGGUGCAACAGAAUCCGCAAGGUGUGCAGCUAAUCCUACGUCCACCGACUCCACAAUUGACCACGACACCAUCACUGGUCAUACAGAAUGCACGCGGACAACCGCAGUUGCAGCAGCCGGCGCAGCAACAGUUGCUGCGCAUUGUCAACACGAAUGGGGCGACAAUGCAACUGGCGGCAGCAACACCCACCUUCAUUGUGUCGUCGCAGGGCAAUCUCAUACAGCAGACAGCUGCAGGCGGUCAAUUCCAAAGCGCCAUCAAGUCGGGCACACAAUUGAGCGGUCUCCAUGCGGCACUCGCCCAAGCGCCACGAUCUCAGCCGUUCACCACAACGGCCACCAUCAAUACCCAGCUGCUGGGCCAGAGUGUUGCUGCACAGUUGCAGAAUCUGCAGCUGGCCGCGGCAGCCGCUGCCAAUGGCAAUGGCAUCACGCAGAUACAGAUGCCCAAUGGCCUGGCGGCAAUAUCACAGCUGCAGCAGACGCUUGGAGGCGCCACCAUCAAUCUGAAUCAGCUCAAUGGUGCACAUCUGCAGCAGAUUGCGACGGCAUUUCAAACGCCACAGCCACCGCCGCCACAGACAACAGCAACAGCAGCCACAACGACUCCUGCCAAUGGCAACAACACAACGGCGGAGCUGUUUGCACAAUCCUCGCCAGCACAUGUGCCGCUGGCGGUGACGCCCGAGCCACUGCGUCAGCCGACGGCACAGCAGCAGGCGGCCAUGGCCACCAUACAGCUGCAGCAUCAGCAGCAACAGCAGCAGCAGGCGCAGAUUCAGCAGCUGCAGCAACAGUUGCAGCAGACUCAGACGCAAGUGCAGCAGGCGCAGCAGCAGCAACAACAACAGCACACCGUCGAGCCGAAGAAGAAGCCGCGACCACGAAAAAAGAAACCGCCAGCCACAGCUGCAGUGCCAGCUCCCUCGCCAACCGCUGCAGCCGCAGUAACAACAACCCCGCAAAAGAUUGCAAUACCUGCCACGCCCACAUCGACACCAGCUGCCCCCACGCUGGCACGCACACCAACGCCCCAAGCACAUGUGCUCACCCAGGCGCAGGUGGUGCGCAGCAAGUCGCCAUCGCCACCGCCGACGCACAUCCAACGGGCCAGCAAUGGCAAGUUGGAUCUUGGCGAUGUGAUGAAGUUUUGCGGCAUCACCGAGGACGACGAUGACGAUGAGGACUAUGGCAUGGAUGCCACCUCAGUUGCUGGCAAUGUUUCCACUGCGGUUGCCAAUGGCAACACCAGCAGCAACAGCACCGGCAACGCUAAUGACGCUAAUGAUGUGUUGGCGCCACCGCCGCCAGUACAACAGCUGUCGCUGAGCAAUGGAUUGACGGGCGUGAGCAGCAGCGGCUUGGCGCAGCCCAGUUCCAAUGAUAUCAUGAUCUCCAUACCGAGCCAAAACGGCAGCGAUGGCCUGCCUUUCACGCUGACCAUACCGGCACCGACGCCGGUCAACGAAGCCACCGAAAUACCAAAUAUCCUCAUCAAGAUUGAUCCAAGUGAUGUGGCUGCUGGAGCAGCCGCCGCUGCAGCAGCCACUGGAGCAACUGUACCACCGUAUACGCUAUCAACGCCACGUCUGCCCACUGCCGAGGAGAUACAGCGUCAGGCGCAGCAGCAUCUCGCCCAGCAGGCAGCUGCAGCAGCAGCGGCAGCCGCAGCCGGCGCCAAGAUCUGCACCAACAUUCAGGCGCCGACGCCGGCGCCAACGAUUAGCUUCAGUCUGGGUCCACAGACGCAGACGAUCGGCAGUGUGACGCUGCAGCCGACGCCAAUUGCUGCUAGCAUUACACUGACGACGCCCACGGUGACCACAGCAACCACUGGUUGCACCACAACGACGCCAGCUGCCACAGCGGCGGUGAAGCCGCGACGCAAACCCGCCGUGCGACGCAACACCAAGAAGCAGGAUGCCAAUAGCAACAACAACAGCAGCAACAACAACAACAACAGCGGCAUCAACAGCGGCAUCAACAGCAGCAUCAGCAACAGCGUCGCCAGCAGCAGCAGCAUCAUCAGUAGCAGCAGCAGCAACAUUUGCAACAUCAGCAGCAGCACGACGACAACUGUCAGCAAUAGCGCUACUAUCAGCAGCAGUUGCAGCAGCAGCAUUGGCGGUGGCAACGGCACUAUCAACACCAUCACAUUGACCACACCCGCCACCGGCAGCAGCAACACCUCGAGCAUACUGCUGCCCCCUGGCCUGGGGCUGGCCAACAGCACAACAACUGUGCCCAGCCAGAUUGGCAACAUCCAAAUCUCGCAGGUGCAAAAUCACCAUCAGUCCACGUUGCCCAUCAGCAACGCCGUCGAGAAUAAGAUACAGAUCAUGCCCAUUCUGCCGCCCGGUGCCACAGUCAUGGGUGGUGUGCCAGCUGCAACCACGGUUGCGGCAUCUUCAGCGCCAGCAGCAACAAGUGCCACGCAGCUGCUGUUCCAGCCAACGCCAGCAAUAACAACGCCUGCAGCCACAGAGUCAGCUACCAUCAAGUUGUCCAGCGAUGGCCGGCAGAUGCAGUUGGUCGCGAUACCGCAGUCCACGACGCCAGCAACAACGGCGCCCACCUUGCCAGCGGUGACGACAGCCGGUGGAGCGACAAUAUUGCCGCCACAGCUGACGGGAAUGCCAGGCAAUGUGUCCAUUUCGGUGGGUUCGCCUGCUUCGGCGGCCGCGUUGGUGCCCCAGCUAACGGGCAGCUUGACGUUGGCUGUCUCGGAGCAGGGCGAACGUCUGAUCUUGCGCCAUGAUCCUAACAAUCCGCAAGAUCAUCAGACGCAGCUGAUAUUGCAGGCGCUGUUGAAGGGAGCAUUGCCCAAUGUAACGAUUAUCAAUGAGCCGACUCGUGUGGAUCCGAAUAGAACACCAGCGCCUACACCCACACCCACGCCGCCACCCCCACCGCCAGUAGCACUGCAGCAGCAACAACCACAAUUGCAGCAGCCGCAGACAACACCAGUAACAGCAGCAACUGCUUCAAUACAGCAGUUGCCCAAAGUGGUGGCCGCAGUGCCCAAAACGGAGGUUAAAGUUACGAACAACCGAAAGCUUUCUGCACCUGCUUUGCCCGCCAACAACUUGAUCGGCAGCAGCAACAUCAUCAGCAGCGUGAGCACCAUCAGCACCAGCAACAACACGAUCAAACCACCGCCUCUGCCCAUAAAGAUCAAUGAGACCUUGUCGUUUCCGCAACUGCUGUCGACAACAACUGCAACAACAACGCCCACAACAACUUCUCAGCUUAUUGUGCAACAGCAACCACUGCAACAACAGCCGCAGCAACAGCAACAGUCUGUGCAGCAGCCUGCCUCGGGAGGACAACGCUAUGUGGCUCUGCCUCCCAUUGAUCCCAGCACGCAACAAUUGUUCUGUCUGAACAGCGUGUCCAAUCAGAUCACGGCCAUCAGUGCUGGCCAAACGGCAGCAUCGAUAGGACCUUCGGAGCGAUUGCUAAUUGCGCCGGCAGGCAUUAAUGCCCAGCAGUUGGCACAGUGUCUGCAGCUGGGUCAAUUGCACUUUAACGAUGUGAAUCCCUUGCCGCAGCCACAGCUGCAACUGCAGCAGCAGCAGCAAGCACAGCCGACAACGAUGACGGCAACAUUGCCCCUUCCGCUGCGACCUCAACCACCGCAACAACAAAUUGUGCAUCCGAUACAGCCGAUCAGCAACGGGCACAGUCUAAGUCUGGGAUUGCCCAUCACGACGACAACAACAACGACGUUGACAACCAGCAGCAGCACCUCGACGAGCACCACAACAGUAACCAAACAAGUGGCCAAUGUGGCACCCAUUAUUGAUCAGAGCAAGGCUAAGCUGGAGCCGGCAAAGGCAACUGCAGGGGGAACAACAACCACAUCGUCCAGCACAGGAGCUGUGGCCAAGAAGAAGCCAGUGCGUAAGCCCAAGACGACACCAACAGCAGCCGAAUUGGCCAGCUUGAAGAAUGCGAGUGUUGUGAAACCGAUGCCUAAAUUGGAUCCGUUGUCGCAAAAGCCCAACAAUAAUCCCGUGCAGAUCGUGCAACCGAAUGUGGCGAGUGGCAAGCAAAUGAUUGUUGUGGUCAGCUCGAGUGGCAACCAAUCAACGACGACCACAACAACAACCAUCAUGAGUAACAGCAUUCAGCCAUUCCAAACAACAAGCGGCACCAAGCUUGUAGGCGUUACGGCACCAAUGCAACAACAGCAGCAGCAGCAGCAACAACAACAGUUGCAGCAGCAGCCAACAGCAGCGAUAGCAACUGUGCAAUUGCAACAGCAACAGCAGCAACCACGUGGCAGCUUCAGCCUGACGGCAACAACAUCGACACCAAGUGUUGUGGCAAGUAGCGGUAGUUUGUCAGUAGCAGGAGCAGCUCCCGUUGUGGCACAACUGCAGUUGACAGGACAGUUACAACAGCAACAGCCGUUGCAAGCGCAGCCUAAACAACAGCCGGCAGCAGUGCAACAGCAGCCACAGCAGAACACAAUUUCGCGGGUACAAACAAUUCAACUGACGCCACAAAUGCAGCAAGUCUUUAGGACAGUGCAAAUGCAAAUUCAGUUCCUCACCAUCAAGUUGCAGAACAAAGCAAUUGUGCCAACGCUGUCCAUUUCACCAGACAUUGAUCCGGCAGCAAUCGCCAUCUAUAACAAGCCCAUGACAGACGCAGAGAUUAAUGUGGCUUUGCAGCGUCUGUUUACGGAACAGCAUCGCAUACUGGCCUCGGGCAAAGAAGUGCCGACGCCAGAAGGCAUGGUACCGACGCCGAAUGGCAAUGGCAGCUUUAGCCUGAUGCCGCAGCAGUUCCAGCAAUUGCAGCAGCAACAACAGCAGCCAACACAGCAGCCGCAACUGCAACAGGCGACAGUGCAACAAACUGUGGAGUCGGUGAAGACAGCAACACCUGCUGGAGUGAUACUCGCCAAUGUGGUGCAGCCAAAUAAUCACUCCACCACUAGCACAGCAGCAACAGCCGGAGCAGCCAUCAAUGCCCAGCAACAGCAACAACAGCAGCAGCAACAACAAUUAAAUGUUGCACAGCGUAUUCAUAUCUACCCAAUGCAACAUCAGCAACAGCAGCAACUGGCCAACAAGCAAAAGAUGGCGCAACAGAAGCAGCAGCAGCAACAACAAACGUCUGCUAUCAGCAACUUGCCACAGCAGCAAACAGCACAGCUUAAGCUCAAGGAAUCGCCAUGUCGCAGCAAACCCAAUGCAGCCAAUGCACAGCAGCAACCACAACAGCAGCCAACUGUCAACUUGUUGCAGCAAAAGACAAAUAUAUUGACGGUGCCACAGCAGCAACAACCACUUCAGCAACCAACCGUAAAUUGCAUCAAGAACGGACCACCGCCACUCAUAUUUGCCAGUGCAACGAAUCUGUUAUCAAACAGCAACAAUGUGAGCAACAACAACAGCAGCAGUUCGAACAGCAACAGCAGCAACAAUAGCAUCGCCAACAACAGCAGCAGCAACAGCAGUGUCAGCAAUAGCAACGUGCAGGUCAACAGUAUGUUGACAAUGCCGCCAUUGCAGCCGCAACAACAACUGCAACAGCAAUUGCAAAUCCAGCAGCAACAACUGCAGCUACCAUUGCAGCAACACCAGGCGCUCACCCAACAACCGGUGGCAACAGCAGCGCCAGCAUUGAGUAAUUUAAUUACCCCAUCGUUGCCCGUGUUUCUGCCACUGCCGUUGUCCAAGCCGGAGGAGUUGUUGCCAACACCAAAACCUAAAAUUGCACGCCUCUCCUUGUUCGUACGACAGCUGGAAGUCGAUCAGGAGAGCUGCUUGAAGCCGGACUAUGUGAAGCCGUUUCGGACCAAAGACGAGGCGGUCAAACGGUUGAUCAGAUAUCAUUGUAUGCAUGAAAAUGAUGAGGAGCUGCCUUCCGAUGAGGAUGAAGAGUUUGAGGCAACGGCGCUGGGCUUUCGUGAUAAGUUCCGUGAAUUGAAUGGCAAACUUCAAGAGAUUCUUUUACAGGAGUCAACGUUGCAACAUCGCACUUCGGAGUCCCUGCAAGUCGAGCAGCUAAUGAUUGAUGAUCUAAAGGGCGAGAUAAGCGAUAUACGCACAGCCGAAAAGGAGCUGCUCGAGAAACAGCAGCAGCAACUUAAGGAGGAGCUAGACAGUAAUGUAGCAACCAACGAAGUUGAUGCCGGAUCGGAGACCAAAGUGAAGGAUGAAAUCAAAAUGGAACCAUUAGAGAAAGUAUCCGAAACAACGUCGGCAACAACUGCUGCCGUUGUGGAUAAGUUUGAUCUGCUGAAGAAUAGUGCCGAUGUAAACAAGGCGUACAACAAACAGCAGCCGCAGUCGCAGUCUCAGCUUCCGCAACAACAGCAGCAACAGUUGGUUAAGCGAGAGGAGAAUGGCGAUUGGUUGGCUAAUGGUGGACAGACUGAUGCUGGCAGCAACAACAACUCUUUGAGCGAUGCUGUCAAGAAGGAGCAGCUCAACAGCUCUAAGGACAACAUGGAGUAUAUCAAGAAGGACUACGACAAUUUUGAUAUUGAGUCACAGUUGACCAGUUUCAUAAUGAAGAAAGUGGAGCAGAAAAUUGAACCGAAUGGAAGUAUGCAGCACCUUAAGAACGCUGAGCCCUGUUUUGCAGCUAAUGUGUUGCAUGAGCAGCAACAACAGCAUAACCAGCAGCCGCAUCAUCAACAGCAGCAGCAUCCUCAACCGCAGCAACAACAACAGCUUGUCAAGAACAAUACGAUAGCCAAUGAAGAUCACGACGAUAGCUGGUAUUGUCUUCAGAAGGAGCUCAAUCUAAUGAACAAUGAAACCUUGCAGCCGCAGCAGCAACAACAGCAGCAGCAGCAACUGCAACAACAUCAACAACACUUGUCAGAGCAGCAUCUGUAUGGCAACAACAACGCUGGUAGUCUGCUGAACAAUGGUAACCACUUGUCGGAUCUGUUUCCCAAUGGUUGCAUCGAUAAGAGCAAUCAGAGCAACAGCAAUAGCAGCAGCAACAGCAGCGCCAGCAGUUGUGCAGGCGAGGUUGUCGGUAACAGCAGCAAUGUUGCCAACAACUUGCCCAUUGGCAGCUCCUCGUGCAGCCAGCAACGCCAGCAACCAUUGGCAAUGCAAGCUGAACAGCCUAAUCAUCAUCCUGCGAUUAGUGAAUUCUUCAACAGUGAUUCAGAUGUGCAAAAGUCCGUGGAGACACGACUGGAGGCCAUGUUUGGUGAAUCACCAGUGCAUUUGGAUGUGAAGAACAGCAGCGAUGACCAUGACAUUGAGUCGAAUCUCGAUGAGAUUUUCGGCGAUUCCAAAUCUCCUGUUGCGAAUCACAAGAAUAAAAUGAAUAUCUGGGCGCCUGAUACUGAUUUUGCUACAGGCUACAACAAUGAGCAACAGCAGCAGCCGUAUGUACAUCCGCAACAGCAGCAGCAGCAGUCUCAACAGCAAUCACAACAGCAGCAACAUCACAUUGAGCUCAACUGCAACAACAAUCCACGUUGGAUGCAGAGCAUGGAGGCCCACUAUAGCGAUUACAUGUCCAGCAAUACGAGCACUGUCGAUGGCCAAUCCCAUAAUAUGCUGGUCAACGGCGAGUCUCGGAAGCGCCACUGGAACGGGCAGUUGAUGGGCUCCAGCAGCGACAUGGAGGAUGAGAACAGUAGCAAACGAUUGUGCACUGCUUCGUCGACCUCGUCGUCGCCUCUGUCCUCCCAGCAGCAGAUUCAAGUGCCGCAGCAUAGUAUACUCGAUGCCGAUAUGCUGGCUUUGCAUGAUGGCAUGGGUGUGGACGCUGUGACAACUAAUGGUCCUGCUGGUUUCUCACAGCUGCUCAUGGAUCAGCAACAACAGCAGCAGCAGCAACAACAACAGCAGCAGCAACAGCACAACUUUGGCAAUCAUCAGGCUUUUGCUAAUAUGCUUGAUCCGCAGCAGCAGCAACAACAACAGCAACAACAACAGGUGCAACAACAACAGCAGCAACAGCAGCAGCAUCAACACUACCAGCAUAGCAUGCAACAGCAGCUGCAACAACCGCAGCAAGCACAGCUUCAUGUGAAUCAUAUGGGUGCCGCUUCCGUGGUCACCGGCGAGUACGAUGACGACAUAAGCCGGCAUGUUGCAAGUGCCAUUGACAGUAUACUCAAUCUGCAGAAUAGCGGCGAUUCCCUGCAGUUCUCGCUGGGAUCGUUUCUGGGCGAUAGCAUCCUGGACGAUCAGCGACAGGCGGCGAAUUUACCCAGCUGCCAGCAGGAGCAGUCGAACAAUAGACGCCGCCAGUUGGGCGAUGACAUUGGCGAUUGCCUGAUUAGUGGCGAGGCUGCAGCGGUAGUGAGUGCUGUGGCCGAUGCUGGUGGUAAUCUCUUAUUGGAUCAUCAUCACCACCAUCAACAUCACCAGCAGCAGCAGCAGCAACAACAACAGCAGCAGCAACAACUUAUGCAGAAUCACAUGGGUCAGCAGCAACCGCAUCUUCAGCAUCAUGGACAACAUCAUCACGGCCUCUCGCAGGCACAAGCCCAACAUCAUGGCCAACUGAAUGACUUUAGUUGUGUGGCUGCCGGUCUAGAUGAUGCUGUAAAGUCAAUUAUGACAUCUUGACUUGGGCUCCAGACAACAGGAACGGGACAGGCAAUAGCCACCGAGCUGCCGCCGGCGGCAACAGCAGCUGUUGCCAACAGCCUGAUACUGGAGUUCAAUGCGACCACCUUGUGAAGAGCUGCCCCAGGCAACAAACAUUGACUGUACUAUGUAUAAAAACCCUUAGUUCUCUUUAGUUUUUGGUAACUGGGCUGAAAUUAUUCAGUCUCAAAUCAGCCAACAUUUGCACCCCUGCUCUGUACAAUUUUCUUAAUUUUAGUUUUAAGUUUACAACAAAAAGUAGCGUAAAUUGUUUUAAUCCUUGUUUUCGUUUUUAGUCCAAUGUGUUUGUACAAUAUUUAAUGAAAAGCAGAAAGCAAAACGAGCCCCCGGUAUUAUUUGUAUAAAUUGAUAGUCACGCAAUCGGGACACCAGAUCCUUCGAAGUCAAUAGCAAAGCAAUUAUAACGCCGAGAAUUGAAAACAAAACGACGAAUAGCAUGAAAUGCUUCUUAGAGAAGUACACUGAAUGAAUUCUAAUGUAAUACAAAUUAUAUAGCUACAAUAAAUAAGUGAAAAAUGCCUAGACAAUUUAUUAAAAUCUAAAUCUAAACUAUGAACAUGUGAAAAAAAUCAAACAAAAUAAAAGAAAUUAUAUUUUUCGGAGAGCCGAAUAUUUAAUACACUUGCAGAGCACAAUAAAUUUGUUGUCCGGUGCAAGGUGAUAAUCUCUCUCAAAAGAGACAAUCCCGAUCCAUUUGUAAAAGCUUUAAAUUCGAUUACGCUCUGCAAGGAUAUGAGAACAGUAUAGAUUGGAAAUGAAAUGAUAAUUGGUUGUAAUUAAUUGAGAAUUAAGAAAGUGGUGCGACAGCAAAGUGCUGAUCAUGUCGAGAGCAUUCGAAAUUCGUAAUUAGAUUUAUGCAAAACAAUUGUAACAACGUUGCCAAUUUUGUUGAAAUGAAAAAUGGGGGAAAAAUUCAACCACAGCAAAUCGAUUUACAUUACAAAUCUACAUAUACAUAAAUAUAUAUAUAUACAAGAAAAAGUAUAUUAAAUUAUUUAUUAAUAAGCAAUUGUAAAUACAAGUAUACACACAUUUACAUAUUUAUUUAUGUAAUGCAUGCGCCAGUUUCAACAAUCGCAGAUUUUAAAACAAACAAACAAAUGGAUUUGCUCUUAGUGUAAACAAAAUUACAAUGUGUAAUAAAAUAAAAGAAGCAUGCGAAAAUACGUAAAAUAAAUUAAAAUAAUAAUAAAAACUAAUUUGAUAAAUUGAAGCUAAGCAAUUUAAACUAUUAUUUAUAAAACGCUUAACGUCUGUCUGCUUUUGAGCUAACAAACACAAACAUACACUCACGCACACACAUACAUAUAUGUAUAAUUAAUUCGAAUAAUCAAUGUGCUCAAUUUGAAUUAGAAAGCUAUUAGCCAUGUCUUAAGAUUUGGCUAUGACUACGGGUGACAUCAGCAAAAGUCUUAAGAUGAGUUGACAAAGGACAAACGACGAAGCAAACCAAAAGCAGUUCAAAAAUGAAAAUCACAAUUUUAGCAAAUUUAGUUUAAACAUUUAUUAAUUAUUAAAAAAUAAAUCUAUAUAUAUAUGUAUGCAUAUUGUACAUGUAAUAACACAAACAAACAAAACAAAACGAAAACGAAUCGUAUCAUUGUAUCUUGAUCUUGAUCUUGCCACAAAUCUGAUUUGUGAUUUGUGCCACGUUUUAAAUAUCGAUGUCUGACUAGCUUGUAAAACCAAUUAAAAACCAAUAAAUCCAUAGUAAGCAAAACAACUACGAACUUAAUCCAAAUAUUGUAAAUGUUAGGAAGCCGCCGCAUAAGAUUCACUCAAUUCUCACAUAGGCAAAGUGUGCGACUUAAAUAGUUAUAUACAUACAUCUACAUAUAUACAACAUACAUACUUAGUCGUCCGUCACGUAUUAACGCAUACCAAUUACAAUAAAUACUACUACUAAUACUUCUACUACUACUACUACUACUUUAAAUACCACCACAGCAACAAAAACAACAACUACAACCAGAGAACAAGAAAACUACUACAUGAAAAUCGUACUGCAGUGAAAAUGUACGGAGCGUGACUAAAAUAGAAACGUAUUUGAGAGCUACAUUAUAUGUAGUUGAUAAGAGAAUUUCAGAUGGAAUUAAAUUGUAUGUAUUAUAUAUAUAAAUAUAUCGAUCGAGUUUAAUUGGUUUAGAUGCCCCGACGUCCCUUCCCAUGACCCCCUUCCCAUCUGUAUGAUUUAUUACAGAGAUGUGCAUGCAACACUUUCUAGUUGUUAUACAAAGACAAAUAAUAAAACAAGAUUGUAAAGAUUUAUAUAUAAUAGCAUAAAUUAAGUUAGUCAAGGAAAUUUGCAUUCGAUAAUAUAUAUAGCUGCUGAUACAAAAAGCAAAAGAAAAAAAAAACAAACAAAAAAAAAACGAAAAAAAAUGCAAACAGAACUUAUCACUCGCUAGGAGCCCAAUUCAAUUAAUUAUUGAUUAAAUGAUAUCAUUUGUAACUUAAA